AUGCAGGAGGAGUGCGAGGAGUCGGUGUUAGCAGGCGUGCCGGUGCGCCACCGGCCGGAGCCGCCCGGCGCGCUAGCACAGGUCACUAGGUUCAGCGCGCACGAAAUCAAACUCAUGUACCGGGGAUUCAAACAGGAGUGUCCGUCGGGCGUGGUGGAUGAAGAGGCUUUCAAGAACAUCUUCUCACAGUUCUUCCCCCUCGGAGACGCGACGCAGUACGCGCACUACGUGUUCAAGACCAUCAAGCACAAGCAGAGCGGGAAGGUCAACUUCGAGGUACGUACAGAAGCAACAAAUACUCCUUGCGACGCACUAUGUGCGACAGUUGUGGCAAUGAGGCUCGUGAUAGAGAAUUGGCUAUUGGAAUUAGAAGAAGAACCCGUAGAGAGCAGGGAGUUCCUCGACAUCCUAUCGCGCGUGGCGCGCGGCUCCGUCCAAGAGAAGCUGUCGUGGGUGUUCACGCUGUACGACGUGGACGGCGACGGACGCAUCUCCCGCUCGGAGAUGCUAGCCGUGGUGGAAGCAAUCUACGAGCUGCUGGGGCGGGCCGCGGUGCCGCCCGUCCACAGUACCGCCGCCAAGGACCACGUCGACAGGAUAUUUCAUCUUAUGGACACCAACUGUGACGGCGUGGUGACGCCGGACGAGCUGGCGCGCUGGUGCAGCCGCGACCCCGCGCUCCUGCACUCGUUCGAGACCUUCGACACCGUCUUGUGA